CCGCCUUUGGAUUGCAGGAGCUGCCCUGGCCUGGUCCACUCAAUAUGGAGGAAAUGGCUGGGAAUGUCCCAUGUGAACACUUUGAGGCCAACAUGCUUACCCAGAGCUGCUGUCAAAACUGCUUCCAUCCCGAGGCGGCCCAUGGAACAAGGCACCAGGAGCUCAGGAGCCCUUCCAGUGCUGAAGUGCCCUACUGCGACCUGCUCCGAUGCCCACCUGCUCCUGAGGACCUACUCAGUGCCUCAACCUCCAGCUGCCAGUCUGUGGUGGACCCAAGCCUCAGACCAGGACCCAAGAGGGGCCCAUCUCCAUCAGCAGGUCUCCCUGAAGACAGCCUCGCAGCAGCCCCCAGGAGGAGGAGCUGGGAGCUUGAGGCAGUGCCCUAUCUGGAGGGCCUGACCUCCUCCCCAUGUGGCAGCUGCAACAAGGACCCCAACUCUGACACCAGCUCUAGCCCUGACUGCGACACCCCUGAUGGUACCAGCGACUCAUCCUCUGUGGACCAGGACACUGUCAAAAGGCAGGAGGAGGCCCCCAGCUGGGACAAGCUCACCGUCAUGAUCCCACGGAGGCCCCAGGAGGGGCCCAAAUCUGACAGUGCCCAAAGGGCUCCAUCUCUCCCCACCAAGCCUCCUGUGGGAGGAAACACUGCAGGCCAGAGAAAGGAGGACACCAGCAGUGGGAGCCGCAGUGCAGGACAACACUGGGCAAAGCUCCGUGGAGAAAGCGGGUACUUUUCUUGGGAGCAGCAGCGGGCAGCACUGACCCAGGCUUCCUCCAUCACACCACAGAGUGGGCCUCGAGGCACUACCCCCCAGACUUCCUCUGCCCAGAGGGACAUAGCCCAGGCUGUUUCAUCACAAUGUGGUACCCCCCGAGCCUCCUCUCCUCCCCGAAUCACUCAGAGGGACAACCCCAGGACAUCAACCACCCAACAGGACACCCCCAGGUCCACUCAAUACACUCGCAGGGCUUCCUCUCCCUCAAGAAUCACCCAACGGGAUAACCCCCAAACCUUGUCCACCCAACAAAGUCCUCAACUUUCCUCUCCCUCUAAAACCACACAGCAGGACAACCCCAGAACCUCUACUACCCAACAGGACAAUGCCCAAACUUUUUCUACCUCUAUUCCCCAAUGGGAAAACCCCAGAGCAUCCUGUGCCCAGUGGGACAAUCCCAGAGUCUCCUCUCCUUGCAGAAACACCCAAGGAGAAAACCCCAGAACAUCCUGUACCCAGCGGGACAAUCCCAGAGCUUCUUCUCCCAACAGAACCACACAACGGGAAAACUCCAGAACUUGUGCCCAACGGGACAACCCCAGAUCCUCUUCUCCCAACAGAACCACCCAAUGGGAAACCUCCAGAACAUCUUGUGCCCAACGGGACAACCCCAGAUCCUCUUCUCCCAACAGAACCACACAACGGGAAACUUCCAGAACAUCUUGUGCCCAACGGGAUAAUCCCAGAUCCUCUUCUCCCAACAGAACCACACAACGGGAAAACCCCAGAACUUCUUGUACCCAACGGGACAAUCCCAGAUCCUCCUCUCUCAACAGAACCACUCAACGGGACAACUCCAGAAUAUCUUGCGCCCAAAGGGAAAAUCCCAGAUCCUCUUCUCCCAACAGAACCACCCAACAGGAAAACCCCAGAACAUCUUCCACCCAACGAGACAAUCCCAGACCCUCCUCUCCCAACAGAACCACCCAGCGGGAAAACCCUAGAACAUCUUGUGCCCAACUGGACAAUCCCAGGUCCUCUUCCCCUAGCAGAACUGCUCAGCGGGACAACUCCAGAACUUCUUGUACCCAACAGAACACCCCCAGAUCCUCUUCUACCCAACAAGACAACCCUAAAGCCUCUUGUACCAAAUGGGAUAAUCUUAGAACUGCUUAUACCCAACGGGACAACCCACAUUCCUCUUCCUUUAAACGAGACAACCCUAGAACCUCCUCCUCUCAAUGCUGCACCCAAAAGGAUAAUCCCAGACCAUCAUCUCCCCACCACUCUGCUCAACGGAACAAUCCCAGGCAUUCCUCUCCCCAUCGUACCAACAAAGACAUCCCCUGGGCCUCCUUUCCCCUCCGGCCAACUCAGAGUGAGGGAACCCGAACCUCUUCCCCAUCUCGCUCAAAGCAAAGUGAGGUUCCGUGGGCAUCCAUUGCCCUCCGGCCAACCCAUGGUGACAGGCCUCAGACCUCAUCUUCCACUAGACCAGCCCUGCAUGACCCACCUCAGUCCUCUGGCCCAACCCGGCAAAACUCACUGUCCCGAGCCACCUUUUCCUCCCACAACCCAGGCCAGCAGAGUGCCUCCCAGACUUCCUCGCCUCUGCACCCUACUGCCCGGGCUGCUCUCCAGACCUCUCCUGAGUCCUUCCAGCUUCCUUGUUGUGCUGUGUGCAUUGGGCACCGGGAUGCCCCUCAAGCCUCUUCGCCUCCUCGUUAUUUGCAGCAUGACCCCUUCCCCUUCUUCCCAGACCCCCGUACGCCUGAGAGUGAAUUGCCCCACCAUGAGCCCCCCUAUAUACCACCUGCUGUGUGCAUUGGGCACCGAGAUGCCCCCCGGGCAACCUCGCCUCCCCGUCACACUCAGUUUGACCCUUUCCCCUUUCUCCCAGACACAUCAGAUUCCUCUGAGAACCAAUCCCCCCAGCAUGAACCUCCCCAGUUCCCUCCACCUGUGUGUAUUGGGUACCGAGAUGCACCUCGGGCCUCCUCACCACCCCGCCAGGCUCCAGAGCCCUCCCUCUUGUUCCAGGACCUCCCCAGGGCCAGCACUGAGAGCCUGGUCCCUUCCAUGGAUUCUCUGCAUGAGCCCCCCCACAUUCCCACCCCUGUGUGUAUUGGACACCGGGAUGCACCCUCCUUCUCGUCCCCACCACGCCAGCCUCCUGAGCCCUCCCUCUUCUUCCAGGACCCCCCUGGGACUAGCAUGGAGAGCCUGGCCCCCUCCACGGAUUCUCUGCAUGGCUCCCCAGUGCUGAUCCCCCAAGUGUGCAUUGGGCACCGGGAUGCACCUCGAGCCUCCUCCCUGCCCCGCCACCCGCCCAGUGACUUAGGGCUCCUGGCACCCUCACCUCCACCAGGCAGCCUGGGGGGCUCCCGGGGCUCAUUGCCCCCUGGAGACACCAGGCACAACUUGGAGAGGGAGGAGUACGCCGUGUUGGCUGACCUGCCACCACCCAGGAGGCUGGCUCAGAGGGAGCCAGGGCCUCAGGCUCAGUGCAGCAACGGAGGCCGUACCCGCAGCCCUGGCCGUGCAGAGGUGGAGCGCCUCUUCGGGCAAGAGCGCAGGAAGUCCGAGGCACCGGGGACCUUCCAGGCCCGGGAUGAGGGACUGUUGCAGCGGCCCAGCCAAGGUCAGAGCCAACUUCUCCGAAGACAGUCCAGCCCUGCCCCCAGCAGGCAGGUGACCAAGCCCCCUGCCAAACAGGCAGAACCAGCCCGGCAGAGCCGAGCGGAGCCCCCUCAUUCCAGGAGUCCUGAGAGGCAGCCUGAGGGGGACCGGCGGCUCCAGUGGUCCUCGCUGUCCCCCAGGACACCAUCUAGGACCCCUGAGAGGGAGCUUCGGACAGAGAGACCUCCAGAAAGUGGCCGAGCAGUCCGGAGACAGCCUCUAGGGGAGUGGCAGAGUCAGGAGGAACCACCAGGGUCCCAGUGCCCUCACAGGCCCCAGGAGAGGAGCUGGAGCAGCCAGGAGGAGGGCCCAGACCCUGGGGGCUGGCGAAGAUAUGGGGAGCCCAGCCUGGGGGCUGCUAGAGCCCCAGAGGAAGCAUGGCAGGGCCCUCCCAGGGAGUAUAGGGAGCAUUGGGGACAGUCAGAGGCCUGGGAGGAGCCUCCCCGGAAGCCAGCCCAGAGGGCUUCGGGCAGCCUGCAGGAGAGUCCCCACCAGCCUAUGGGCCCCGCAGAGAGCUCCUGGGCAGGCCCAGCCGAGUUCUCAAAACCCUGGCAGCCUGAGACACCCACUGGCCCUGAGAGGCACCCUGAGCUUGACUGGACUGACCUACUGGGCCUUCUCCGGGCACCUGGGGAAGGCACGUGGGCCCGUCUCCCGAGGCUGGACUGGCAGGGCCUCCUGGAGCUCCUGCAGGCCCGGCUGCCCCGCAAGGACCCAGCUGGACACUGGGGUGACCCGGCCAAGGCUUUACAGCCAGAGCCAGGUCCCCCAGACACAAAGGAAGCCCUGGAGCAAGAGCAACACAGCCAGCCUGAAGACUGGGCCAAAGCCACUCCAGUCAAUGGACAUGGUCCUGGGCAGUGGCCCCAGAGCCCAGCUGAGCUGCCCAGCCCUGCCCACACCUCCACCCAGUGGCCAAAGACCAAAGUGACAAGUGAACCAGAGACCUCCACUAUGGCUGGCCUGGAGCAGAUGGACCAGCCAGCGAGCAGAAGCCCCAGCUUACCAGAGCUAGAGUUCCAAACAGAGGAGCCUGAGAAGUCAGAACCAAGCAGAGGCCCAGAUUCCCUGACUGACCAGACACAGGCAGACUCGGCAGACAAGAGGCCAGCAGAGGGCAAGGCUGGGAGCCCAUUCAAGGGCCGACUGGUGACCUCAUGGCGGAUGCCCGGGGACCGGCCCACGCUGUUCAAUCCGUUCCUGCUGUCUCUGGGGGUCCUCAGGUGGCGAAGGCCCGAUCUGCUCAACUUCAAGAAGGGAUGGAUGUCGAUCUUGGACGAGCCUGGAGAGCCUCCCUCCCCCUCACUUAUCAGCACCUCUGCUUCACAGUGGAAGAAGCAUUGGUUUGUGCUGACGGAUUCAAGCCUCAAAUAUUACAGAGACUCCACCGCUGAGGAGGCAGAUGAGCUGGAUGGCGAGAUCGACCUGCGUUCCUGCACGGAUGUCACUGAGUACGCGGUGCAGCGCAACUAUGGCUUUCAGAUCCAUACCAAGGAUGCUGUCUAUACCUUGUCGGCCAUGACCUCAGGCAUCCGACGGAACUGGAUUGAGGCUCUGAGGAAGACUGUGCGUCCAGCUUCAGCCCCAGAUGUCACCAAGCUCUCGGACUGUAAUAAGGAGAACACACUGCACAGCUACAGCACCCAGAAGGGCUCCUUGAAGCCUGGGGAGCAGCGGACGUGCUCUGAGGUCAUUGGCCGGGGUGGCCUUCGGAAGGCAGAUGGGCAACGGCAGUCCUUGGACUAUGUGGAGCUCUCCCCACUGACCCAGGGCUCCCCGCAGCGGGCCCGCACUCCAGCCCGCGCUCCUGACCGCCCAGCCAAGCAGGAGGAGCUGGAGCGGGACCUGGCCCAGCGCUCUGAGGAGCGACGCAAGUGGUUUGAGGCCACAGACAGUCGGGCCCCUGAAGUGCCAGCUGGUGAGGGGCCACGCCGAGGCCUGGGAGCCCCCCUCACCGAGGACCAGCAGAGCCGGCUCAGCGAAGAGAUUGAGAAGAAGUGGCAGGAGCUAGAGAAGCUGCCCCUGAGGGAGAACAAACGGGUGCCCCUCACUGCCCUGCUCAACCAAAGCCGAGGGGAGCGCCGGGGGCCCUCGAGCGACAGCCACGAGGCACUGGAGAAGGAGGUUCAGUCUCUUCGGGCACAGCUGGAGGCCUGGCGUCUCCGUGGGGAGGCUCCUCAGAGCGCACCUAGAACCCAGGAGGAUGGCCACAUCCCCCCAGGCUACAUCUCACAGGAGGCAUGUGAGCGCAGCCUGGCAGAGAUGGAGUCCUCACACCAGCAGGUGAUGGAGGAGUUGCAGAGGCAUCAUGAGCGGGAGCUGCAGCGGCUGCAGCAGGAAAAGGAGUGGCUCCUGGCUGAGGAGACAGCAGCCACGGCCUCAGCCAUUGAAGCCAUGAAGAAGGCCUACCAGGAAGAGCUUACCCGGGAGCUGAACAAAACACGGAGUCUCCAGCAGGGCCCUGAUGGCCUUCGGAAGCAGCACCAGUCAGAUGUGGAGGCAUUGAAGCGGGAGCUGCAGGUGCUUUCAGAGCAAUACUCCCAGAAGUGUCUGGAGAUAGGGGCCCUGACACGGCAGGCUGAGGAGCGUGAGCACACACUGCGGCGCUGCCAGCAGGAAGGCCAGGAGCUGCUGCGCCACAAUCAGGAACUGCACUCCCACCUGUCAGAGGAGAUUGAGCGGCUACGCAGUUUCAUCGCUUCACAGGGCACAGGCAAUGGUUGUGGGCGCAGCAAUGAGCGGAGCUCCUGCGAGCUGGAGGUGCUGCUGCGAGUGAAGGAGAAUGAACUUCAGUACCUGAAGAAGGAGGUCCAGUGCCUCCGGGAUGAGCUCCAGACAAUGCAGAAGGACAAGCGCUUUGCCUCGGGAAAGUACCAGGACGUAUAUGUGGAGCUGAACCACAUCAAGACUCGCUCGGAGCGGGAGAUCGAACAGCUGAAGGAGCAUCUACGCCUCGCCAUGGCUGCCCUGCAGGAGAAAGAGUCAAUACGCAACAGCCUGGCUGAGUAGAGUCCUCGUGGUCUGCUCAGCUGCAUACCCUCCAGCCCUAAAGGACCGGCCACCCUCCUUCCCUGCUGGAGGGAAGUCAGAAGCCAAGCUUUGUUCCCACCCUCUGUGGGCCACACAUUCACUUGCACCCUACACACACACACACACACACACACACGUACGUAUGUACACAUGCACACACACACACACACACUCUGCGUAUCUGAGCGUGCCCCUCGCACUGGGUCUUACCUUGCACCUUCUUCAGGAUUUUAUAUGUGAAGAGAUUUUUAUAUAGAUUGUUUCCUUCCUCCUCAAAAAACACUUUGUACUUCUUUAGAAAACAAUUCCCAGUGGCUGUAUGCCUCCAAUCCUGGCUCCCACUCUAACUUCAGCCACCCCAUGCUUGGGCUUUGGGGCUCUGACCUGGCCCCAAGACCCAGGCAGUGGCCAGAGUGGGUUGUCCCUGGUGGGGAGAGGCAGGGAACCAGCCACCCUCUCCCCACCCUACCUCCUACUAACACUUCCUACCCUGAAUGGACUCAUACCCUGGGACUCUGGACAGAGGGACAGAUGGACAGAGGGAGCCAGCAGCUAUACCCAAGGCCCCCCUCUUCUGAGAAAGAGGUGCUGGGCAUGCAACUGUUGGGGCAACCCAUGAAGGCAUUUCUCUCCUGUCCUAUGAAACUUCUUAACUUAAUAAAACGUUCCAGCAGCUC